AUGGACAAAAGGGCGGAUGAUCGGAGCAGUUGUGAGGUUUCACCGGGCCUUGGAAUAUCGUUUCACCAAGACCAGAAUGUCUGCCAGGGCAGGCUGUCGCUCGAGGUGGUGUUUGCGAACGAGUCAACAAAAGCCGGUGAUGGCGAACAUUUGAUUGAUUUUCAUUUGACUCGGCUGUCAUGCGUUUGGUUGAGGAAUGUAGGUACUCGCAAGAAGCCAGGCUAUGGGUCGACGUUACGAAACUGCAAUGCACCUAAAGAGCUUGGAAACCUGGGCACACCUAGACAACAUGGUAAACACGUUACCCGAUUCGAACAAGUCACGUCUGCUUUCAUCCACCAAGAGAAAUAUCAGGACCGCUUCUGGAAAUACCAUGUAACUCUGAAUGGUAGAAUACGGGUUUAUGCACACUGCCCCAAAACUGCCCGACUUUUGUUCCUUCAUUCAUGCUGCGGCUGCGCCUGUGGCGCUCCAGCGUUUCGCAAGUGCAGCCUCAUGACAUGGCAUCGGCCAUCGGGGAAAGUCAAAGUUCGGGUCGAUCGGUCCGUGUUCAAUCUAUUCGAUAUUGCCCGAAGCGAGCGGUUUUACGCUAUCGGGUAUAGCCGCCAAUGGGUGCGAGAACGCCCGUUUUGCUACUCAGUCUACAACGUCAGUAAGCUCGAGACCCCCGUGGGGUAG